UAUUAACAUGAGUAUACAUGCGCAAGCUGCACAAGUAUAAAACGUGUAUAUUCCAACCUAAAAACGUCUAGCAGCUAAUAAAGGAAUAAAAGUAAUAUUAAUUCUGGUUAUGAAGCUAACAAUCAAAUAGUCAAAGGAAUUUUUUUUAAUGAAAAUCACAAUACGGAUUAAGGAUGAGUUGUUAAUAUUCAAAUGAUUUAUUAAUUAUUAAAUUUCAUCGUGUACGAUUAUGAUUUAUAUUAUAAAGAAAAAAAAUGGAUAAUCCACAUGGAGCUCAAGAAAUUUUCGAAAAGGAUAACGGAAAAACAUUUAAACCAAAUGAUAUAUUGUUAGAAUUGCAAUCAUUUAAAUACAAUAUUUCCAAGCAACAGAUAAAUAAUAAAAUAAAAAUUUUCCAAAAAUUACUAAAUGCUCCAUUCAAAAUAACUAAUUGUAACUGGGAGCCUGUAUUAUUGGAAUUAAUAGAAAUAAUAACUUUAAAUAUUAAAAUACGUGAUACACAAGUAUUACUAGCAUCGCACGUUCUUUUUACAAUUUUUACUAAAACUUUUACUAGUUUACAAUUAAAAAGUACUCUUGAAAAUUGUUUGAAUCUACAGAGUCAAAAAUUAAUUAUAUUUAAUAAAGAAUUUAGUAUUAAUGAUUUAGAAUCUUUCAAACUUACAAUUAUUUAUGGAUUUUUUCUUGUUAUUAAUAAGAAUUCAGUAUAUUUUCCUGAUAUUUAUAUAAAUUCAUUUGAAAUAAUCCAAAGAAAUUGUUUCACAUACUCAAAAUACAAUUAUUUUGCUUUUAAUUUGCUUGGAAUUUGGCUAGAAAAAACAAAUAAAACAAAAUUUUGGGAAGAAAAUGAUUUAAAAAUCGAAAAAACUUUGGAAUCCAUUAUUUUUUCAAAUUGGGAUCACAGUAUUGGUGAUGUUGCUAAAUUAAAUGCUUCAAAAAUAUUUCCAAUUUAUUUAAAUAUUAUGGAAAAAAAAUAUUCUGGGUAUUUAAAAUACAUAUUUAACAUUUGUAAUAAAAAUUUGUCAUGGCAAAGCGCAACAAAAUUUAUUAUUUUAUCUGAAAUAUGUAAUAUAUGGACAGAUUGCUUUAUUUUUGAUCAAUUUGAAUUUAAAAUAAUCAUUAAAAGUCUUGCAAAAAGUCACUUAAAACACGUAUCAACAAAAUUAUACCUUGCAAUUAUUAAUAAAAUGAGUGAAAAUAAAUGGAUUGAAUUUAUAAUGGAAGAUUUGUGUUUAACUGCUGAAAUAUGGGAAAGAGAAAACAAUCUAAGUGCUCUACAAAAUUUAUGGGAUUAUUGGAUGAGAUACACGCUAAAUAAAUUUAAAAAUAUUACAAUACCGCUACUUUGGGAACGUUUUUGUAAAAAAAAUAUGAUUGUCUGCCAAUCAUAUUUAGCACGAAAAGCCAAUGAAUUGGGAAAAUCAUGGAUUGAAUUGAAUUCUGAAAAUUUAAAAAUAAAUCAUGAAAAUAAAAAUAAUAUCUCACAAUGGACUUGCAGCAAAACAAACAAUAUUCCUUCAAUUAUUAAUGAUGGACGAGAUUGUGUGAAAUUGAAUAUUUUUGCUAUCCAAUGUCGUAAUAAUAAUAAUAAUAAUAGCUAUGGUGAUAUCAAUAAUUAUGAAUUUAUAAAACAUUUUUUAUAUUUUAAUGCUAAUACAUGUUCAAGUUCAUUAAGAAAAGGAAUAAUUUAUCAUUUUGAAAUUAUUAUUAAAAGUUGUCUACAAUCACAUGGCUUAGAAGAUUUUAAUUUUAUUUUGUGGUUAAAUAAAUUUAUUUUUGAUUGUUUUGAACCUGGAUCUUGUUAUCAGAGGAAAAUUGUUGGUUUAAAAUUAUAUGAAAUUAUUUUACGAUAUUUAAAAACAACUAAAAGCAACAGUCUUUCAACAGAAGAUAUGGAGAAUAGAAAUAAAUCAUUCUUUGAUAAAGAUUAUUUACUCAUUCUUUUAUACUUGUGCUUGGAUCCUAUUGAUGAAAUAAGACAAGUAUCAUCAGACAUCAUUAUUUGUUACUUUGAUUUAAGAGUUUUAACAAUCGAAGAAAUAAAUAUAUUGAUUAAAAAAUCAGAAUCGAUGAAAACUUCAUCAAAAUUUUAUGAAAUUUGUGGUGGUGUGAAACUGUUAUCAAUAAUAACAACAAUUCCAAAUGAAAAAAAUCCAUUUUAUUGUAAUAAUAAAUUUAUUUUAUAUGAAAAAUUUUUUAACAAUGUUGAACAUAGUCUUGAUUCCAUUAAAAAUGAUCUUUUAAAAGGUUUUACUGAGGGAUCUGAUUUAAACGGAUCACUUAUGAGUAUUAAAGAAUUAUUUUCUAAUUCAAAUACUUUUAGUGUCCCUGAUAAUUAUACCAUAAAGUUAUUAAGUCUUUUAGAAGACUGUACAACAUUUUUAAUCUCAGCAUUAUCACCAAAAUCAUCAGAAAUUUAUUACUCGGCAUCAUUUGCAGAAAUGGGAAUCGCAAUAGAAGAAACAAUUAAAAAUAGUGAAAUUAAUGAUGAACUUGCUGACAACACAAUAGUUUCUCCAGCGCAUCAAAUAAUUAUAUCAAGUAUUUGGAUGGCAUUAAAAAAUAUAUGUGAAUUAGCAGCUACAAUUUGCAGCAGCAGAACAUUAACAAAAUUGGAUUACAUCAAACGUUCUUUAGAUUUAAUUAUAUCUGUUUUAAUGAAAUGUCGGCAUAAAGGAGCAAUUGAAGCUGCUGGAUGUGCUCUAGGGACAUCGAUCCAAUCAUUAACACAAAAUGAAAAAAAUAUUUUUUUAUUUGAUUCAUAUUUGAAUAAAUUAUUAAAUUUAGAUAAUGAUGAUAAAAUUGAUUUAACACGUCGUGGUGCCGGAAUGUCUAUUAUGUUUCAUAAAAUGAUUGCUAAUUAUGACAAAAAUACACGAAGACUUUUACAUAUUGCUUUAAAUAAAAUAUUAGAAUCAUUGACUGAUUUCGAUAAUAAAUAUAAUAAUUAUUUAAAUUUAAAUAAAGAUUCUCCACGUGCUCGAUUACUACAUUUUUUACGUACCAUUGUUGCUGAUAAAUCAUUGCAUAUUGAUUUAGUUCCUUAUAUGGAAAAAAUUUCAAUGAUUUGUUUUGAAUAUUUACUAUCAUCUGAAUGGGCAAUCAGAAAUGCAAGUCUUCAACUUUUAGGAGCAGUAAUACCUCGAUUAGUAGGUCAAUCUGUUGAAAAUGAAAUUAAUUUUGGUACUGGUUAUUCAAUAAAUCAUUUUGUUACUCAUUAUCCAAUUUUAUCAGAAUUUGCUUUAAAUCAAUUAAAAGAUAAAUCAGCUUUUAAAGUUGAUGGUAAUAUUGUCCCAGUUCUUACAUUACUAUCCCGAUUGUCUAUUGGUGGCUGUGAAUUUACUGAUUAUUCUUCGGAAAAAUAUAUAAGUGAAUUAAAAAAAUAUCUUAGAUUAUUAUUUGGUCAUUCAGUUGAAAAUGUGAGAUAUUUAGCAGCUAAAUUAUAUGCUGCUUUAAUACCAAUUCAAAAAAUUAAUAGUGAAUUAUUUAAUAUGAAAACAGAAGCUAUUAUAAAUAAAAGUAGAAAUUUUAUUCAUGGACAUCUUUUGGCACAAAUUUGCAUUCAACAAUCGGGUGAUUAUGCGGGAAUUUGGAUGGAAAAUAUUUCUAAUAAUUAUAGUACAAAAAAACUUAUAAAAAAAUUUAACAAUAUUCAAAUAAAAAGAGCGAUUUCUAUGAUUAAUUAUUGGACAAAUGAUGACGAAAUGUAUAAGAAACCUCUUUGUACUAUUAUUGAAACAACAUUUUUACAAAAUAUUAUCAUGUUACCAAUGUUGUAUGCUGAUAAAAUGAGUAUUAAAAGUUUAUUGAAAACAUUUAUUGAAAUAUUUAAAAGUAAAAAGAAUAAUUACAUCGGACAUUCAGAGAUGAUUAAUUACUUAUUUAAACUUAACUUCUUGUUAAUCAAACUUAUUAAAAUUGAUUGUCUUUCUGAGUAUCUCAACCAGUCAUAUAUUUAUGAAAUUGUUUCAUCAGCCAAUGAAGAUGUUAUAUAUUAUUUUAUUAAACAUUUACGCCUGACACUUAUAAAUCAAAAAUUAAAUUUUAAAAACUUAAGUGAAUCAAAUUUUAUUGAGAAACGUUUACGUUUAUUUGAAUUUUUGUUGUCAUGUGAUAAUUUAAGUAAACAUAUAUCAAUUGAAAUAGUUAAAUUAAUUAUUGAAAUUCUGAAAUAUGAUGGAAAUAAUAGAAACGCAUAUCUUUGGUAUUCAAAUAAUAAGAUAGCUGAUAAAGUUUUAGAACUGUCGAAAAAUAUUUUUAUAAAUUAUAAUAACAAAAAAAUGCAACAACUGGCUCAUAUGUUGACUGUAUUAUGUACGCAUCAUUAUCACGAAAGUAAUAAAGAAUAUUUAAAACAUUGCUAUGACAUUCAUCAACGACUCGUUAAUGACAUUGGCAUUGCUGUUCAUGAAGGCGAUGAAGAUGAUAAAUUAUGGUCAAUUGAAUGUUUAUUUAAUUUAUCAUUAUUUCAAUUUAAUCACUUUCUUCAAACGUGCAUUAUCGAAUCAUUGAUAUCAUUAUUAUGUGUUGAAGCUAAUGAAAUCCGCACAAUGGUAUCCAGAAAAUUUCAAAAUUCUGAAUGGACAACACAAUGGGACGAUAUUAAUAAAUGUUGGAUUAUAAUUUUAAAUGAUAAUGAAGAUUUUUUACAUGAUUAUCAGUAUUUUCAAAAAUUAAACAAUGAUUAUAAAUGGAAUGAUGUAAAAAAUGUAAAACGAGAAUUAAAAACUCCCGAAAUUCAUCUUUAUGAAUUAAUUUGUGUACUUGGAUCAUUAACAUAUCAUAAAAAAUGUGAUGAUAAACCAAUACAAAUGAUACAAACUGUAAAUUAUGAAUGUAAGAUGCGAUGUGUAUUAGAUACAAUUGAUUAUUUAAUUAAAAGUAAUGAAAAUUUUACAGCCAAUAAAAGUAAUUUAGAAAGUCCAUUUGAUCACGAUGAAGUUUAUCGUGAGGAUAUUAAAAUUUUUAAUAUUUUCUUUUAUUGUAUAACAAAUCAGUCGAUUAAAGAACAAUAUAGUAACAAAUUGGUAGAAAUGAGCAGUAGUACUUUGAGAGAUUAUGUCUUAAAACUAAUUGAUUUUAAAAAAAGUAAUACUAAUAAUAUUCCUACUAUCCUUAAUUUGAAAGGUAAAGAUUAUUUAAAAUAUAAAUUGUUUAACUUUUUAGAACAUUGUAAAGUCGAACUUUUACUUUAGACAAUUAAAAAAAAAAGGAUUGAUUAAAAUAAAACAAAUUUGUUUGUAUUUGAUUUAUAUUUUUACUUUUUCUUAUGCGCCCACAAUACGACACCAUGUUGGCAGAUAUUAAAUUUAAUUAUGAUUUAUUAAUAAUAUUAUUAUUAUUAUUAUAAUUGAGUAAUCUUAAAACUAACAUAAAUUACUUAUGAAAACUCUGCUAUAAAUAAUUAUAGAAAUAAUAAAUUUAAUUUUUUUCAAUUAUUAUUGAAAAAAUUAAAAAUAUUUAUAAAAUAAAAAAUUAAAAUCUAUUGAUUGAAGUCCUCCGGACGGUUUUGUAAGUUGAGAAUAAUUAAAAAGAAUUU